AUGAAACUCUCUGCUCUUCUAACUUCUGCUGGCAUCAACAUAGCCCUUUGUGUGGUGCUUCUAUUGCUGUAUUCUGUUCUGAGAAGGCAACCAGGAAAUGUCAAUGUCUACUUUGGACGGAGACUUGCUGAAGAGCACCGCAGACGUCAGGAUUCAUCCGCUCUAGAUAGACUAGUUCCGUCUCCCAGUUGGAUUUUGAAGGCUUGGGAAUAUACGGAAUCAGAUAUCUUGUCAAUUGCUGGUUUGGAUGCCGUGGUGUUCCUCAGGAUAGUUGUGUUCAGGUGAUUCUUCGAAAGCCAUGUUCCAUACUGUUACCUGGAUACUGCAUAUCUCGUUUCCCUAGUUGAAAUAUGAUUUGAAUAUGACUGUUGCUCAUCAUAUUUGGCAUAAGUGUACAUCUGUUAUCUUUGCCAUUAAUAUUUUGGGCAUUUUGGGCAUUUUGGGCAUGAUUAUUCAUUGGCUACUUUUUUCAUUUAAACAUUACGACUUCUCUAAUACUGUAAUGAUAUAUUGCGUUAUUAUUUAUUUAUUAGCUUUGCUAUUGGAAUUUUGGUUCCAUAGUGCACUUUUAGCAUUGCGGUUUUGGGCAUAGCUUUUAUAACAUUGUAACAUUCGUCUAGACACCUGCAUGUGGGGUCCACUCCGAUCAUUUUGCAUUCAGAAAUCGAGUAUUUGAUUUAGCCUUAGCUAGUUAGUUUUGACAUAAUACUUCAUUUUCGCCUAAAAUCUGUCCAAUGUUAUUAUGACUUACUUGGCAUUGUCUUUGUACACAGUAUUAGAAUCUUCUCAAUAGCAGCUGCCAUAUGCAUAUUUGGAGUGCUUCCACUAAAUUAUUUUGGCCAGGAGAUGCGUCAUCGGAAUAUACCUUCAGAGUCUCUGGAUGUAUUCACCAUUGCAAAUGUAAUGCAAGGCUCUAAAUGGUAUGCAUGAGAAAGAUCAUUGCUCUUUUGUAAUGGGACUUUCUUAUUGAUACUUUGUCUACUUGUGUGUGUGCGUGUGCGUGCGGACAUGCCAUUUCAAGCUAAUUUUCCUGUGGAUCACUAAUGAAAGAAAUACUGCAUCAGUGUAUACCCUAAAGUGAAAGCUACCAUAAGGUAGAUUCAUAUCAGUCGAGAUAGAAUAUUAAGUCUGAUGAACAAAUAAUCAUCUGGGAGGAGGUUACACUACGGUAAAAAAUCAUGCACAUACCAAGCACAUGCAUUGUAUUGUUUGAAACUCAAAUUCAUAUCAUUUUAUAAUUGUAUUCAUUGUGACAAUAUUUAAACACGUCUAUUUAAGUAGCCAAACAAUUAUCUUCCUUGUUUAUGCAUGACUAUAUUACUUGGAUAUGUUUUCCUGCUGAGCAUGAUAGAGCAACACUAUGGAUAGUAUCAGUAGACAAUCAUUAACGCAUAAUACAAUGCUUUACGUGUGUAUGAUAAUUGUUGUUAAUGUAUCAGAUACCUAAAUACGAUAUUUAGUAAUUAGUAUAUUUUUUUGCAAAUGUUUGAAUUUCAAUAUGUUUUUUAUUGGAUUUGGAACUCUUAUGAUGCUUAAAAUCUUCAAUUUGGAUACCUUUAUGCUGAUCACUUCCUAAUGAACUUCUGGGGUCAAACUAGAUGGAAUUGAUUACAUGUUGGGGAAUUACCCUGUUCUGUAUGCAUUUUUCCCUUAAAGAGGCUAAAACUUAAUUCCUUCACGCCAAUCGAUCUAAAAAUUAGGGAAAAAAGAUUUAACCUAUUUCUUCUUAGUGGACAUAUCAUUCACUGUUCUAGCACUUUACAUCAUCCGUGAUUAUUAAAAAAUUAUGUCAUGUCAUAAUUUUUUUUAUUUAUAAUCAUCCGUGAUAGCUUCACUAACCAAUAUUCUAUGUUAAUUUCGUGUUGCAGGCUCUGGGUACACUGUCUAGCACUUUACAUCAUCUCUGUUUCAGCUUGUAUCCUCCUUUACUUUGUGAGCUUUUUUCAACAUGUGACACCUUUUCAAUUUGUAAUUACUUUUCUACUUUGUUGGGUGUGUUUCAAAAUUCUCAUGAUCUCCUCCUCGGAUAAACUAGGAAUACAAGACCAUUGCAAAACUGCGAUUAGCUUACAUUACUGGAUCUGCCCCCAAUCCCAGUCACUUCUCAGUUCUUGUGCGUGCUAUUCCUAGUUCUACAGGAGAACCAUUCAGUGACUCUGUCAGAAGUUUCUUCACAAAAUAUCAUUCACUGGAUUACUUAUCACAUCAGAUGAUUUAUCGAACUGGCAAAGUUCAGAAACUUCUUGUGAGUAAAUUACACCAUCUAUGCUAAGUGAAAUUUAUUUUUAUCCUCAUGAACUUUUAGAAACUAACAAUGGUUCAUUGUCUGUUGCAGAAUAAUGCAGAGGCAGUCUACAAAAAAGUUGUAAACAUGAAGGAUAUUACCAUUCAAAAGGGUUGCGUACCACAUAGGCUUAGAUGUGGCCUUUGUGGAGGGCCAUCUGGUUCAUUCCAGCUAUACCACAAUGAAUUGGAUCUUGAAAUGAAGAACUCUAGCCUUAACGAUAUCGACCCAUGCAUUAAAGAAAAGGUUAACUUCGCUAAGGACAUUGAGCUUCCAAUUCAUGACCGAAAUUUUUUAGUGCAUGCAUAUAUACUGUCUUAUAUUAUUUUUACUGAUUCACUUGUUAAUGCAUUUAUGAUUUGUGCAAAUGAAACAGUCAACUAUUUCGCAGACAACUUAUUUUUAUGUCCAUUAGACGACUAUGAACUAAGUUUGUUCUAUAUGCUAACUGUGGAGGCAUUUCCUUUUUCUAUGGAGUGUUAUUCCAUUUUUCUAUGUGGCAUGCCUCAGAGUACCUUUAGUUGAUUUCCAACUACGCUCUGAUAGCUGAUGAUUAUUUUCAUGCAUCUCCAUUUAGCAAUCACUCAAUGUGGUUGUAUUAUAUCUGGAAUUAUUUUCUUUAAGGAUGCUCUCCAUUUUUUUGCAUUUUAUCUGAUUGACUUGUUGAUCUGGAUCUCCACAUAUUUGUUCCCUGUGUCACAACCAUAGUCCACACUUGUCUGUUACUCUAUUCAUUUGAAAACCAGAAACUGCUUUUUUAGUUCCAUCUUUCAUUUUAUUCAAUUUUUCUUUGCUAAGAACGCCUUUUAGUUUUCAGAGAGCUAAUUUUGAAUCUUUUUACCAGGAGUGUGCUGCGGCAUUUGUGUUUUUUAGAACUCGAUAUGCUGCCAUCGUUGCCUCCAAAGUUCUUCAGACAUCAAAUCCAAUGAUAUGGGUUACUGACCUCGCUCCUGAGCCAGUUGAUGUCUAUUGGUCAAACCUUUGGCUUCCAUAUAGACAGCUAUGGAUACGUCGAAUAGCAACUCUAUUGGCUGCGAUUGUAUUCAUGUUCCUAUUUCUUAUCCCCGUGGCAUUUGUGCAAGGACUGUCUCAGUUGGAACAGUUGCAAAAGAUGUUGCCUUUUCUGAAAGGUAUAUUAAAGAAGUAAGUUCCUUGUGUACCCACUCAGAAAAACUUUAUGAUAUUUCUGUCCCUUAUUAUUUGAAAGUUUCAACGUAUUUCAAAGCUCCGUGACGUCAAUUUUCCUCCCUCAUUGGUACUAGUGAAACUUUCAAAGAUUCGUGUGGUUUUUUUCUAAACGCUCACGAGUUAGCUUUUUAUGGGCGGAAUGCAUGAGUAAUGUAAGCCAACUAAAAUUGCCCGCAUUAGCCACGUGUCAUCAAUAAUAUUGCUCCAUCAUCAUGCUCUCUACUCCCGAGUAAGGUUGCUCUCAUCCAUGUGCUCCAGUUCUGAAGUUCUUCAUCCUUUCAUGUGUCUGGGGUUCUGCCAAUUUUUAUGCCUAGCAACUGGGACUUCUUCAGUUUUUUAUUUUAUUUAUUUUCUUAAUGCGAUGAUCAACCUACAUGGGACACCUUCUUAUACUAAUAUUCACCGUUUUUUAGGACCCCCGUAAGCCAGCUGAUAACUGGGUAUCUGCCAAGUGUCAUCCUGAUGCUAUUCCUAUAUUUAGUUCCUCCGACUAUGAUGUUCUUUUCGGCGAUUGAAGGACCCAUCUCUCGCAGCGGCAGAAAAACAAGCGCAUGCUGCAAAGUUCUGUACUUCACAAUCUGGAACGUAUUUUUUGUCAAUGUUCUGUCCGGUUCCGUCAUCAGCCAAGUAAACACAAUCUCUAGUCCGAAGACCAUCCCAAUGCAGCUUGCAAAAGCUGUACCGAGGCAGGUGAGCAUCAUUUGUAUAAACUUGGAUCUUGCUGGGCGUUGACUCCUCGCUGUUUUUUCAUCUGAAACUUACCAGAUUCUUUAUUAUAAUCAUUUACCGAGGCUUGUGGGUGUUUACUCCAUGCAGGCGACUUUUACUAUUAUUAUUAUUAUAAAAACUUGGAUCUUGUGGGGCGUUGACUCUCCGCUGUUUUUCAUCUGAAACAUACCAGAUUCUUUACUUUCUAAAUUCCUUUUUUAAUCUAUGAUUUAUUUUUUUUACUCUGAUGAGAUGAUUAUUAUUAUUAUUAUUAUUAUUAUUAUUAUUGACCGAGGCUUGUGAGUGUUUGACCUUGUUUACUCCAUGCAGGCGACUUUUUUUAUCACGUAUGUUUUGACAUCGGGCUGGGCGAGCUUAUCCUCGGAAGUCAUGCAGCUGUUCCCUCUCAUCUACUCCCUAGUGAGGAGACACGUGUUUAGAUGCAAGAGCGACGACCCAGACGGCGUCCUAUCCUUUCCGUAUCACACCGAAGUCCCCAAGCUCUUGCUGUUCGGGCUGCUUGGCUUGACAUGCUCCAUAUUGGCUCCUCUCAUUAUCCCUUUCUUGCUCGUCUAUUUCUGUCUCGGCUUCGUCGUCUACAGAAACCAGGUUUGCCCUCUUCUCCUCUCUUCUUUCUUCUUCAUAUUCUUCCUUGCCAACCAUUAGAAUCAUUUUUUUCGUAGAAAAUGCACCUGAAAAUAUACUAAAAAAUACGAUCUUAGAUGAUAUGCGGCUUCUUACGAACUCAAUAUUAAUUAUCUUUAAGUCCGUUUUGGUUGAAGAUGCGUAUAAAAAAAAUACUUUUUGAUAUGAAAAAUAUUUCUGGUGUCAAGAAUCUAGACAGUUUCUAGUUUAUUUUUUCACUCAUGUCCAUGAAGGCCUACGAACACUUAGAUGUUUAUAUGCACCUAAUAUUGCUUCCUUUCUAUAAAUAAAAAAAAAGAAAUUAAGUUGAAGAUGCAUCAUAUCUAAAAAGAAAUAAAUUAUUUUUUUGAUUUGAAAAAUGUGGGGCAGAUUCUGAACGUGUACUGCUCGAAAUACGAGACGGGGGGGAAGAUGUGGCCGAUCGUGCACAACACGACGGUGUUCUCGCUGGUGCUGGCACAGAUCAUCGCCCUGGGGGUGUUCGGGCUGAAGGACUCCCCCAUCGCCUCGGGCUUCACCAUCCCCCUCGUCAUCCUCACCCUCCUCUUCAAUGAGUACUGCCGCCAGCGCUUCGCCCCCGUCUUCGACAGCCUUUCCGCCCAGGUAAAUGACUAGUCAUUUCCCACCCUCAUUCAUUCAUUUUUCUUUUUCCGCCUUUUUUUCCGUUUUUUCGUUUUUUUCUUUUUUCGGUGUCGAUGGGCCGGGAAAGAGAGAGAGAGAGAAAUGGACCUGUUUUUUCUUAGUUAGUCUUGGUUCUGAGGCCCAAAUGAGGGAAAUAUCAGCCCAGUCCGGGGUCAGCGCCUGCUGAGCCCAUCCCAAGUCCGAGUUGUUUUUGGAAAGGCCCCUGACCUUUGAAAAGCUGGCCCAGACUCUUACCCGAACAGCCUAUUUGCCCUCUAUUUUGAGACUGAACAGGGAGGGGAGGGAGAGAGAGAGAGAGAGAGAGAGAGAGAGAGAGAGAGAAAUGGGCUGCCAUGUGGGCCUCUUUUUUCCUUUAUGGGCUUGAUUGGAGGCCCAGUUGUGGAACAAAUCGGGCCGGGCCGGGAUCGGGGCCUGUCUCACAUUGCACCCUAAUUGCACACCAACGAGGUCAUAUCCAUGUUUCCCUCGUUUUUCUUCUUAAAGAUUCAAAAACCCUAUUGGAAUCCAUAGGAGGCAGAAACGGUCUUACGGGCUAUUAAUUGCAGUAGUCGUAGUAGUAUUUCAUGGCCAAUCUGGGGGCUGAUCCAGUGACUGGCGGCGCAGGAUGUGAUAGAGAUGGACCGGCAUGAUGAAGAGAACGGGCGGAUGGAGGAAAUCCACGAGCAAUUGCAGUCGGCGUACUGCCAGUUCCCCCUCAGAAUGGCCAGCAUAUGCGACCACGAAGGAGACGAGAGCUCCAAGAAUGGCGGCCCCGGAGAGAGCAGCUCCCCCACCGCCCUGGAGAUAACCAAAUCUCAACCCGCCGCAGCCACCGCCGCCGCCGCCGCCAACCCCACCGUCAGAAGAUUCUCCAUCUCGAGACUCCAUCGGGCGGUGGCCUCCCUGUCUACGCUUAUAGCCAUUCAGAACAGGAAUGCUCUGAGAUAG